CAGUAAACAAGAUAAUUCAGGCAAAUCAAUAGCUCACGUAAGAGUUGCUAACACAAAAAUUUUAAUGGCAACAUUCAUCAAAGUCCUUGGUUUAGUUCUUUGUCUUGCUCUGAUGUGUGACGGCACUGAGAGUUUGGGAUGUGGUUCUGACAUUAUAAUCAACCAAGCAAAAUUAGGAGUCAUUAAAGGACAACAAGUUUGGAAUGCGACUCUGACAAAUACAUGUGCUUGUACUCUACUUGAUGUGAAAUUGAGCAUUCCCAAUUUUGAAUCUGUCAUUAAAAUCAAUACUACCAUCAUCUCCAAGUCCCAUGAUGAUAUCUACGAUGUUAAUGGAGGUCAACCAAUUUAUUCAAAUUCUGGUGUCUUUUUCACUUAUGCUGGAAAAAGUCUCGAUGUUAUAAUAAAUGACUACACAGAGGCUUGUUCAUGAACAUACAUAAAGGAAUACAAUUUCUCUUGAUUUCUACAGUUUUAUACUGUAAAGGAAAUAUUAUAUUUAGUUGAAGGAUUACAAAAUUGGUUUAUUUUUGUUUGUCUUUUUAAGUUUAUAUGGAGUAAACAUGUUGAGUUAAAUGUUUCCU